GCCGCUGGCUGCUGCUGCUGAUGGUGGUGGUGGUAGUGAGUGCACGGCAUAUUUCGCUUCUCUUUGUAAGUUCACAGUAUCACAUAUCUCGCCGCUACUCUCACGGGUGAACUGCACCUUCGUUCGGUAUCCGAGCGCGCGAAUCUCCUCACUGUCGCUCGCGUGGUCCGCUUCUUCUCUCCUUCUCUUUCCGUUAUUCAGCUUCUUCUUCGUCUUCUUCCUCUCAUCUUCUUCUUCUUCUUCUCCUCCUCCUCCCCCUCUUUCUCCUCUCACUUCUCCUUUCUUCUUCUUCUUCGUAUCUUCUUGUUAUCCUCCUCGAUUUCCGCAAAUGCCGUCCUUCCACUUGUUCGCGCGCGCGCUUACGUGAUCGCGUACGUAAAGUGCGUGACCUCGCCGGCGCCGGCCGCGUAAGAGCACGAUUUAAUUCGGCGAGAGCGGAGGAAGGAAAAGAAACCGGUAUACCGGGAGGAGAGGAGAGAGAGAGUCCCGGAGAAUUCUCUUGGCUGCACAUACCACUGCCCUAGUGUUGUUUUCACGGACGCGCGCCUCGUACGCACGAACACGGAAGAGCACGCGAGCACGCACGCACGCACCGACGGCAGGCACGGCGGUUGGAGCGAUUCCGUUCGGCGAUUCUUUUCAAACCCAUCUAUCGGCUGACACGAGCAGAAUGUAUCGCGUGCUACUUUUUCUCAUCUCCAUUUACGGGAGCAUUCAUGGAAAUGCCGUCUCGCACUUGCCGAACAAGGGAGACGUCCCCCGCCAGUAUCACCCACGUUUCCUGAUGUACGACGAGCCGCACAACAUCGAGUUCAAGUAUCACAAUUACGAGCAGAUGAGCCGCUUUCUUCGCGCGACGUCCCUUCGAUUUCAAAAUCUCACCGCGCUCUAUUCGAUAGGAAAGUCGGUGAAAGGUCGUGACUUGUGGGUGAUGGUCGUGUCGUCGUCGCCGUACGAGCACAUGAUCGGGAAACCCGAUGUGAAGUAUAUCGCCAACAUACACGGAAACGAAGCGGUGGGACGCGAGCUGAUGCUGCAUCUCAUUCACUUCCUCGUGACAUCGUACGGAUCAGACGCGUACAUCACAUGGCUGCUGGACAAUACGAGGAUUCACAUACUGCCGUCGAUGAAUCCCGACGGCUUCGAGGUUUCCAAGGAGGGCAGCUGCGACGGUGGUCAAGGCAGGUACAACGCGCGCGGCUUCGACUUGAAUCGCAACUUUCCGGACUACUUUAAGCAGAACAACAAGAAGAGCCAGCCGGAGACCGAGGCCGUGAAGGAGUGGGUAUCAAAGAUCCAAUUUGUGCUCUCGGGCAGUCUGCACGGCGGUGCGCUCGUAGCGAGCUACCCCUUCGAUAAUACCCCGAAUUCGCUGUUUCAGAGUUUUACAUCGACGCCGAGUGUCUCGCCGGAUGACGACGUCUUUCAGCACUUGUCGCUCACGUAUUCGCGCAAUCACGGCUCCAUGUACCGUGGACUAGCGUGCUCGCCCUCCCAGCCCGCGUUUAAGCGCGGCAUCACCAACGGCGCCGAAUGGUACCCGCUCACCGGCGGUAUGCAGGACUUCAACUACGUGUGGAACGGUUGCAUGGAGAUCACCUUAGAACUGUCUUGCUGCAAGUAUCCGCCGGCAUCAGAUCUGCGGCAUUACUGGGAGGAGAAUCGAGCGUCGCUGAUCAAGUUUCUGGCGGAGGCUCACCGAGGUGUUCACGGCUUCGUCGUCGACGAGAACGGCAACCCCAUCGAGAGAGCGUCUGUCAAAGUGAAGUCGCGAGACGUCAGUUUCUCAACGACCAAAUACGGUGAAUUCUGGCGGAUCCUGCUGCCGGGCGUUUAUAAAUUAGAGGUAUUCUCGAACGGGUACGUGCCUCGGGAAGUGGAAUUUAUGGUGAUUGAACAACACCCGACGCUCCUCAACGUUACGCUUUACUCGACGAAAAGGCAGUACGACGACGAGAGUGGAUCCGUUUUGUACAACGGGAACACCGGUGGCAGACCUUACCCGCACCGAGAGCACACAUUACAUUACCGACCGCAAUCGGGCAUUAAUACCGCGGCCGACGCCAACAGCGGCAUUUUCUCGUCACUCAGUAACGGAUUCAACAGCUUCGUCACCAAUCUCUUCGGAUAGUCCGGUCUCGUAAAUUAUACCUCAACAUAUCCAAUUAUUUAUUUCAGCUAUAUUAUCGUUGCGAGGACAAAUAUAAACUGCGACUCGGCUCGGUCUCGUGACGCUCUUAGCGUCUGUAAUCGCAAGAAAGUUGAGCGAACACAAACGAACGAAUGAUCGUGAUCCGAUUAAUCGGCAAAAUACUGCCAAAAACGAUGUCGCUAAUAGUUUAAACUGUUGCACGCGUUGUGUUUGAUAUAUAAUCUCUAAAAGUGAAGUAUUUAUAUGCAUGCAUAUUCGAAAAUGUACAUGAAAGUGUGUUUUAUGUUGUAUUGUGUAUGAUAUCACCGCGCGUGUCGUAGAUGCUCGCGGAAUGCGAACUAUUUGCGAAAUAAUCGGUGAUAAUAAUAGAUUAUGAAAUACCACAGAUUAUAGAUUAUAGACUA